AAGACGGCUCAUUUUUAUAGUCGGAUGCGAGCGGAGACGAGAUCAGCCGCGAAGAAACGCAUUGGAACAGACUUGGGUGGCGAACGCGUAACCGAGCCGUUCUACACAUGACGGCUACAUGCAAUGUUUCAUUAGUGGAUGUGACCCAGUUUGAUGUGCGUUAGCUUCGGUGCAGAAGGAAGUGAUGCGAGACAUUAACCUCAAGAGAACGUGCAACUCUGCAUUGUAGCACGGGCUGCGUCGCUGUCUGUUGUCACCGUGAGGGAUUGUUCUGAGCCACUUUGACAUUCACCGUGUAAGUGUUCACCUCAUUAGUAUGCAUUUCAUUUGUUUAAUGUCACAGUGCCGUCGUGAAACUUUCAGGUCAGAAACGAAUGGACGGUUCUGGUGGAAAAGGUACCGAAGCAAAACCAGAGAAGAUGGAGCUUCCUGUUCUGACUCAACCCGGCCUCGGUGUGACCACGACAACAGUGACCACCAUCACUCAAACCGGAGGGGGCUGGAGCACAGGACUGCUGGACGUGUGCGGUGACACCAACACGUUUCUGAUGGGUGCGCUUGUGCCAUGCUGUUUGGACCUGAGUCUGGCUCAUCAGUAUGGAGAAUGCAUGUGUCUGCCUCUUCUGCCUGGCUCCACUUUCGCCAUGAGGGUGGGCAUUCGAGAGCGCUUUAAAAUCAGGGGCAGUGUGUGUGAGGACUGGGCUACGGUAUAUUGCUGCUACCCUCUGGCCCUCUGUCAGAUGAUCAGAGAGAUGAAAAAAAGGCUGAAGACACAAAUCUACACCGUUUCUACCGCGCUGGAGAGCUCCUGAUGCGCUGUUCGUACGUGUGUGUGUGUGUGUACAGCUCAGAUUUUCUUCUCAUCCGUGUUUUUGGCGACGCUAAAAGACUGAAGGGCCAUCUCAGCUGUCAGGAUGUUUAUUACCCGGGGUCCUGAACUUCACGCAGGGUUAGACAUAUCAGUAACUCUCUGCUUGAAGAUUGAUGCCACUGACAUUUCAAACUGACGGAGAGAUGGAGUGACAGAUGGGUGGAGAGACGGAUGAGUGAAGAAGGUUUCUGAUGGCUUCUGGGACUGUGUAUGCUUUGAUUUCAGAUUGCUCUCUCACAGUACAUAUACACAGGUUUCGCUACAUGAAUUCAGUCUGGAUUGUGUCACUUUUUAAAUUGUAUUUCAAAGUCAGUCAAAACUGGUGUGACAUCUCAUCUCUCAUUUUAUCACGAUCUUAAAAAUGCUUUUAAAAAACUGUUCACUAACUAACAAUAAAAACAUAAUACCAAAAAACAACAAAAAAGAAAUAAUGCGAAAAUAAAAUAGUGCUUUUUAUAAAUAGACU